UUGGCAGAAGAAGAGCCCAAAACAAUACCAGUGUCAUCACUAAACCGCAAACAAAAUCAAACAAACAACCGAAACUUUCGUCUCGUAAAAAUCCAUCUUUCCAUUUUCUCUUCAAUAAUACUUACUCAUUAAGCAAAACCAAAAACGGUAUAAAUCUAUGUUGAGCAUCUCAUUCUUCUUCCACCACUCUUCUUCUUCUUCAUCUCUCGUUUUUCUUCUCUUUUUCUCUCUCCUACUAUUCCAGCGAUCAAAAGGGUAUUGCUCUGAUUUUGAAUCUCAACCUUCAAUGGCUACUCUCGGUGGUUUGCGCGAAUCCCAAGGUGUUUCUAAUGAUGCUGAGAUUGAAAACCUUGCUCGUUUUGCCGUUGAAGAACACAACAAGAAAGAGAAUGGUAUGCUGGAGUUCGUAAGGGUUAUAAAGGCAAAGGAACAGGUGGUUGCCGGUACGUUGCACCACUUCACCAUCGAAGCCAUUGAUGCCGGUAAAAAGAAACUGUAUGAAGCUAAGGUAUGGGUGAAGCCAUGGUUGAACUUUAAGGAAUUGCAGGAAUUUAAGCAUACUGAGGAGUCCCCUGCUGCAUUCAGUUCUUCGGACCUUGGUGCUAAUCGAGAAGGGCAUGCCCCAGGAUGGAAAGAUGUGCCUGUCCACGACCCUGAAGUGCAAAAUGCUGCAAAUCAUGCUCUCAAGACCAUUCAGCAAAGAUCCAACUCUUUAUUCCCAUACGAAUUGCAAGAAGUUUCUCAUGCAACGGCUGAGGUUGUGGACGACACUGCUAAGUUUAACCUGCACCUCAAAGUGAAGAGAGGAGAGAAGCGGGAGUCUUUCAAUGUGGAGGUGCACAAAAACAGCGAAGGCAACUAUAACCUUAAUCAGAUGGGCAACAUAGAGCCUGAGUUCGAGAAGAAGGAUUGAUUGUUGGAGAUCCAGAGAUCCUCGUCUAUAAGGCUUCUGAUGGUUAAGUAAUACUCGUAAUAACUAGUACGUACGGAGUAGUAAGUAGCAAGUACAGCUGACUUGGUUUGAGUGUAAUAACCUCGACUUUUGUGGUGGUGGUACUCACUGUCUUAUUUCAAUGUAUGAUGACUUUAAUUAUGUAUAAUGAAGAUUGCUUUCUUAUUCUCUGUUCUUUUUAUCUUAAAAGAGGUUACACUUCCAA